AUGCCAUCUGGAGGGCUGCGUGCGACGGUGGAGUUUUAUUCGCGAAAGCAGCCCAGAGUUUGCCGAUCGACGUUUUCAUCCGAGUUGGCAAGUGUGGACGAUGGUAUCAGCAACGCUUUACUGACGCAGGUGAUGACAUGUGAGAUUGUUCAUGGGCCUCUUACUGCGGAGCAGAUUCAACGAUGUACGGACACUGGUCGAUUGCCGGUGGAUCUCCAUGUACGCACUGAUAACAAGGGUUUAUUUUCUGCUCUUGGCGCCACGGAGCUCCAGGCCCCAGCCGAGCCCCACCUGCUGUAUUGA